GAGGUCCGUGUGGCGCGAAAAAGCCACGCUUUACAGAGCAGAGGAGAAGCAGAGGAGAACACGGGACAUUUACUCACUCGGGACUGGGUUUUCUUUUUCUCUCGGUCGAAAGAGAUUUUCAGACAUAUUUUAUAAAAUGGCUGCCGAAGUUGUGGACGAUCAUGAGAUGAGGGAAGCUCAGAGAGAUUACCUUGAUUUUCUGGAUGAUGAUCAGGAUCAGGGGAUCUAUCAGAGUAAAGUGCGCGACAUGAUCAGCGAGAACAAGUUCCGCCUCAUCGUCAACAUCAACGACCUGCGCCGCCGCAACGAAGCGCGCGCUGCUAAACUGCUGAACAAUGCCUUUGAGGAGCUUCUGGCUUUCCAGCGUGCUUUGAAGGAUUUCGUGGCCUCGGUCGAUGCCACGUACGCCAAGCAGUUCGAGGAGUUUUUCAUCGGACUGGAGGGCAGUUUCGGGAGCAAACACGUCACGCCUCGUACCCUCACCUCCCGCCUGCUCAGCUCCAUGGUGUGCGUGGAAGGCAUCGUCACCAAGUGCUCUCUUGUGCGCCCCAAAGUGGUACGAAGCGUCCAUUAUUGCCCAGCCACCAAGAAGACCCUGGAGCGCAAAUACACAGAUAUGACCUCGCUGGAUGCCUUUCCUUCUAGUGCCAUCUACCCGACUAAGGAUGAGGAGAACAACCCCCUGGAGACGGAGUUUGGGCUGUCCAUCUAUAAAGACCAUCAGACCAUCACAGUGCAGGAGAUGCCUGAGAAGGCUCCGGCUGGUCAGCUGCCUCGCUCUGUGGACAUCAUCCUGGACAACGAUUUGGUGGAUGCUGCAAAGCCGGGGGAUCGAGUGCAGAUCGUCGGCACCUACCGCUGCCUGCCAGGCAAGAAAGGAGGCUUCACCUCUGGCACCUUCAGGACCAUUAUGAUCGCUUGCCAAGUAAAGCAAAUGAGCAAAGAGGUCACUCAGUACUUCUCCGCCGAUGACGUGGUGAAGAUCAAGAACUUCAGGAAGUCUCGCAAGAAUGUGUUUGACCAGUUGGCCCGCUCUUUGGCUCCGAGUAUCCACGGUCAUGAGUACAUCAAGAAAGCCAUUCUGUGUAUGCUCCUUGGUGGAGUAGAGAAGGUUCUAGAAAACGGGUCACGCCUCCGUGGAGACAUCAACGUCCUCCUCAUAGGAGAUCCCUCCGUAGCGAAGUCGCAGCUUCUGCGCUACGUGCUGCACACCGCCCCUCGCGCCAUUCCAACCACUGGCCGUGGCUCGACAGGCGUCGGUCUCACUGCGGCGGUCACCACUGACCAGGAGACAGGUGAGCGGCGGCUGGAGGCCGGUGCCAUGGUGCUGGCUGAUCGAGGCGUGGUCUGCAUCGACGAAUUUGACAAGAUGUCCGACAUGGACCGUACUGCUAUCCACGAAGUCAUGGAGCAGGGUCGCGUCACUAUUGCGAAGGCAGGCAUUCAUGCUCGUCUGAACGCCCGCUGCAGCGUCCUGGCAGCAGCCAACCCUGUCUAUGGCCGGUAUGACCAGUAUAAGACCCCCAUGGAGAACAUCGGGCUGCAGGACUCUCUGCUAUCUCGUUUCGAUUUGCUCUUCAUCAUGUUGGACCAGAUGGAUCCCGAGCAUGAUCGCGAGAUCUCCGAUCACGUUCUGCGCAUGCACCGCUACCGUGACCCCCGCGAGCAAGAAGGAGCAGCAUUGGCUCUGGGUGGUACAGUGGAUGCAUUGGCCACUGAGGACCCUGAUAUAGUACAGGAAGAAAAGGAAGAGCUGCAGGUCUAUGAGAAACACAACCAUCUUCUCCAUGGCAACCGGAAACAGAGGGACAAGGUGUUGAGCAAAGAGUUCAUGAGGAAGUACAUUCACAUUGCCAAGGUGCUUACACCCGUUCUGACCCAGGAAGCAGCCAAUCACAUCGCCGAGGAGUAUACGCGACUGCGCAACCAGGAGCAGCUGGGCUCGGAUAUCGCUCGGACCUCGCCAGUCACCGUCAGGACUCUGGAGACUCUGAUCCGCCUGGCAACGGCCCAUGCCAAGGCUCGCAUGAGCAAAACCGUGGAGCUCGAGGACACCGAGGUGGCAGUGGAGCUCGUACAGUUUGCCUACUUCAAAAAGGUUCUGGAGAAGGAAAAGAAGCGCUCCAGAAAGGCAGGGCAUGAUGAGACGUCUGAGGACGAGGAAGACGAGGAGGUAGAGGAAGAAGGCACCCCUAGACAACAAAGGAAAAGGAGGCGACGAUCGACUGAGCGCCGGCCGUCACAGAGCAGCGAGCCGUAUGACCCGUAUGACUUUACCACAGAGACGGACAUACCUCAAAUUCAAUCUCCAGCUUCUGCAAGGCCCACUGAGGAGCCCAUGGAGACGCCUGAGCAAAACGGCCAUGUGGAGAUAUCGGUGGACAGGCUGAAAGAGUUCAAAUCUGCCCUCCUGGAGGUCUUCCGUGCUGCACACGCUCAGUCGGUGGGAAUGAACGCUCUGAUGGGAGACAUCAACAAGGAGCGCGCCACUCCGUUCGACCAGGCCGAGGUCCGAGCCGCUCUCACACGCAUGCAGGAUGACAACCAGGUCAUGGUAGCCGAUGACAUCAUCUUCCUCAUCUGAUGAGCUUGGGAGGGGCGCAGGUGGAUGUAAGGAGGAGAAAAACAGAGAAUGUGACCAACUUGAGAGUGGACUUGUGGUUAAAAUAUCUUUUAUUUCUUUUAAAAUGAUUAUUUGCAAGCUUGUUUUUACAUUGUUUUAGCUGUUUGCUUUUCAUUCAUUUGUAUUGUAAGGGGUGAUGUUUAAUGUGUGUGUGAAUAUGUGUAUAUAUAUUGUUUAAUGUUUAAAAGAAGGAUAUGUCCUAUGUUCAAUGGAAAAGAAAAAGAUAAAAAUUCUCAUCACCUGAUUCUCA